AGCCAAACUCGGGGGCGCCGUGCCGUGCCGUGCCAAGCCAAAGCCAUGCCGUGCCGUCACCGAGCAUAUCCUCUAGAAAAGAGCAUCGCCGCGGAGAUAUCGAUGCCCCGGCGGCGGCUCGCCCUAUAAACCUUCGCCGGAAUCCGCUACCCUCCGCCCUCCGUUCACCUCGCCUCCCGGAUUUUUUUUUCCUUCGUCUCCAACGAAAGCCCGUCCAAAAUUUGGGAGGAUUGAACACCACGAGCCCGAGUUCCCCACGUCUCGCUCUCUCGUCUGUCGCGUCACGCGAUAAAUCCCAUAAUACACUUCCGUUUCGCCCCGCCCCCCACCCUUCCCAGCGCAGCACGCAACGCUAUCGACGGAGACGGAGGGCCGGACUGGUGUCUCUAGAGUCCAGACUCUAGUACGAGUGGUGGAUGUGGACUCGUGGCACGGAGGAAGCCAUGGCACGGGAGGAGGAGCAGCAGCGGCAGGAGCAGGAGGAGCGAUCCCAGGCAAUGGACGCGGCGCAGCGGCGCCUCCGCGCGGUCUCCGCGCACCUCGAGCCUCCAACACAGGUGGACACCAAUGGCGGCGGCCUCGCUGCUAACCCCACCGCCGGGGAGUACGCCCACGCUUCUUCAGUGCAGGGCUACAGUGUUGUUCUCCCUGAGAAGUUGCAAACUGGAAAGUGGAACGUGCACCGAUCUGCACAGUCACCUCUACGCUUAAUUAGUCGAUUUCCUAGCACUCCAGACAUUGGAACACUGCACGAUAAUUUUUUGUAUGCAGUUGAGACUUUUACUGAUUGUCGAUACCUGGGUACAAGGCUUUCCGCUAAUGGUGCAGUUGGAGAGUACAAAUGGAUGACGUAUGGAGAAGCUAGUACGAGCAGGACUGCGAUAGGUUCUGGUCUUAUUUAUCAUGGAAUAGCUGAAGGUGCACGCAUUGGUCUGUAUUUUAUAAACCGACCUGAGUGGAUCAUAAUUGAUCAUGCUUGUGCUGCAUAUUCAUAUGUAUCUGUGCCACUUUAUGAUACUCUAGGUCCAGAUGCAGUUCAGUUCAUUGUGAAUCAUGCAACAGUAGAAGCUAUUUUCUGUGUGCCUCAAACACUAAGCAGUUUGCUAAGCUUCAUAACUCAAAUGCCAUGUGUUCGCCUUAUAGUGGUAGUUGGUGGAGAUGAUACAAAUACGCCAUCUGCAACGGCAAGUACUGGAGUGGAAAUUAUAACGUACUCCAGGCUACACAGCCAGGGAAAGAUGAGUUCUCAAACUUUUCGUCCUCCAAAACCUGAAGAUGUUGCCACUAUCUGCUACACUAGCGGCACUACUGGCACACCAAAGGGAGCUGUUCUUUCUCAUGAGAACUUAAUCGCAAAUGUAGCAGGAUCAAGCUUAGUCGUGAAGUUUUACCCCUCUGACGUGUAUAUCUCAUAUCUACCUUUAGCUCACAUCUACGAGAGGGCUAACCAAAUCGCACUGCUUCACUAUGGUGUUGCCAUUGGAUUUUACCAAGGGGAUAAUUUGAAGCUGAUGGAUGAUUUGGCUGCUUUAAGACCAACCGUAUUCGCAAGUGUUCCCCGGCUAUAUAACAGAAUUUACUCUGCAAUUACAAAUGCUGUGAAGGAGUCUGGAGGGUUAAAAGAAAGAUUAUUUCGUACUGCAUACAAUGCCAAGAGGCAAGCACUUAUGAGUGGACGAAAUCCAUCCCCAAUGUGGGAUAAGUUGGUAUUUAACAAAAUAAAAGCUAGGCUUGGUGGACGGGUGAGGCUUAUGACUUCAGGUGCUUCGCCAUUGUCAGCAGAUGUAAUGGAAUUCCUGAGAAUAUGCUUUGGUGGUGAGGUUCUUGAAGGCUAUGGAAUGACAGAGACAUCAUGUGUCAUCACGACAAUGGAUAUUGGUGACAGAUUAAUUGGUCAUGUUGGAUCUCCAAACCCUUCUUGUGAGAUUAAACUUGUGGAUGUCCCAGAAAUGAAUUACACCUCUGAGGAUCAACCACAUCCUCGUGGCGAAAUCUGUGUUAGAGGACCUGCAAUAUUCCGUGGUUAUUAUAAAGAUGAAGUCCAAACAAGAGAUGUCAUUGACGGGGAUGGUUGGUUGCAUACUGGAGACAUAGGUUUGUGGUUGCCUGGAGGGCGUCUAAAAAUCAUUGAUAGGAAAAAGAACAUUUUCAAGUUAGCUCAAGGAGAAUACAUAGCUCCAGAGAAGAUCGAGAAUGUUUAUGCCAAGUGCAAGUUCAUUGCCCAAUGCUUUAUAUAUGGUGAUAGCUUCAACUCUUUUCUAGUUGCCAUUGUAGCCGUGGAACCUGAUGUUUUGAAGGCUUGGGCUGGAUCAGAAGGAAUCCAGAGUGAGGAUUUAAGACAGCUUUGUGCUGAUCCAAGAGCGAAAGCUGCUGUCUUAGCUGACAUGGAUUCUAUUGGAAAGGAAGCACAGCUAAGAGGUUUUGAAUUCGCCAAAGCUGUUUCUCUUGUUGCUGAACCAUUCACAGUGGAAAAUGGUCUUCUCACACCCACGUUCAAGAUCAAAAGACCUCAAGCUAAGGCUUACUUCGCAAAAGAAAUCGCAGACAUGUAUGCUCAACUGAGCAAGGCCGAGUCAGCUAGACAGAGGUUGUAGUUACAACGAUAAGAGCUGAGGUUCAACCGAGAUAUGAUUGGUUCACGAAACGAAAUAAGUGGACUUUUACUGUUGGGAAUGGGUGCUGGGUGUGUUACCCUUGUAAAGGAAUGAACUGCUCGAGGCCACACUUUACAUUUUCAUUCAUUGUGUUCUGUAGAAUACACAUGUCGUCCUGCUGUUGCGAAAGGUAUACACAAGACCCUGCUGUUGCGAAAGGCAUACACAAGACCGAAGACAUACCUAAACCUGUAAGUUAUAGGAAAAAGACGCUGUACAACCAUCAUGUACCGUAUAAGUAAACAUUUUAUGGCAAGAAAAGAUAAAUGACAAAUCGUUACCCUUACAAAGAUUUCAAUGGGUGAUGAUGGUUCAUUUACUGUCUUUUCUUUUUAUUUCA